GAUAAAUAUCUAAUUUUUUCCAAUGCAACCCAUAAAUUAGUUGCUUAUCACAAUUGCUAAAAUAUUGGAAGAAAUUUUAAAGGAAACAGAUCAAUUGAGUUUGUAAUAGUUAUCCGUAUUCCAUGCCUCGAGAGCACCAUCUAUAUCAAUUCAAAGUUAUAUACAGAGAAUUGCAAAAUAUACGAAUUGCAACAGUGCUUGCUUUGUUCUUGCUUUGAUAUAUCUAGAUAAAGUGUAGGAAAUGCGCUAAGAUGUAGUGCUUAAUUCAAAUUGUAUACAUAGGUAUGAACUUGUAAUAUUGUGUUGAU